AUGGCCUCAUCACAACUAACGACUCUAGCCAUCUUGCUCAAAUCGGAUAAAGGACGAUCUACUAUCCAUGGCGAUUCUUAUCACCUUCGUGUUGCAAUGGUGAUUAUACUUCGGGCAUACAGAAUGUACCAACAGGAUAGUGAAUUCUGCUUUACGGUCGCGGUGGAGGUGGCGGCAGCUGGCAAAUUCGACGACAUACUGUACCACUUCUCAUCGCCAAAUCUCGGAACUGGUACGAUAUUCAUACAGGCAAAACAUAAACAGUUGAUUGGCCGUGUCGGUGCACUAUGCACUGCUUGGGAUUCGAACGCAAGCUUCUCGAUCCCGAUGUACUUUCUGUCAUUUCUUGAUAUCGGUCAGCAACUACCAAACGAUGCGCGGUACAUCUUGUGCACUAACGCUGGACUCGAUAAGUACAUUGAAAGUUAUUUUACGAUCAUUAACCCACGGAAGGAUAAUUCAUUACUGUUCUGCGAAGAUAUUGGAGCAACCUGUUAUCAGUUCUCUAGAGACAAACCUUUCCCACUGCUGAUCGAUACAUUGAGAGAUUCGUGUCUCGCUAAACUUGGAAAGGUAUUCGCAGGGACCAUCUUUGCUGGGAAGGAAGUAACAUUUAACGACACACUCGUCAACACAUUUGACAGUUUGAUUAGCCAAUGUUUAGAACCAUUGAACGAAGUACCAGGCGAUAAAUCAGUUAUCACUUUUAGAUUUAGUGAAAACUUUGUCAAUGCAGAUGAAAUCACACCAAUAGGGAAGUUUCGAGCUGCGUUUCAAAAAGAAUAUGCAUUGCUUUUCAUGAAAGGUAAAUUGAAACCAAAUGGCAAGACUUUCCAGGAGUUGGAAAUCAAGUUCGACAGGGAUUUGUUAUUAUUAGCUAAAAACACACAGCAUAAUGAGAUAUUUGGAAAGUUUGAUCAGAAAGUGCUCGAGUUCUAUGAUAAGUUUCUGCUUGUAUGUAACUCUUCGAACGAAGAAGAUUUACGCACACAAGCGAUGAGUUUGUUGCCACGGUGGUGUGAUACUGAACGUGGAACCGUGUUUGAUAAGCUGCAAGGAGUGUUGCUAGAUGCUUUGAAGAGUCUUUAUCCUGUACCAUUGGAUCUUGAAUUUAUACAAAAAUGUUUCCUGAAUAUAGAGCUCAAGCAAAGCAUCACUAGUUUGAGGAGUUUCUCAGGCGAAUAUCUCAAGUCAUUACAUCUCAAAUAUAUUCUAGUAGACGUAGAUCCCGAGCGUUUAAAAAGAUCUUCCUUGUAUGCGUUUCUCGAGGACAAAUCUGGUUGUCUAGUUUAUGAAUUUAACAGUACGCUUGACUCUACAGUCACUUCCUUUAUUUUGCAGCAAGCGCUGUCAUUAUUCAACUUUGAAACCUUAUUUGUUGAUAGUGCAAAGUAUGAAGUAGAGCAAGAUAUGAUGGAGACACUGCGAGAUUUGUUGUCAUAUCUCAAGGAUGUAAAUCAUCCUACUAUUAAAGUGAUAACAAUUCUAGGUAAAAGCGAACGCGUGCCGGUCAAUGAGACGAAAAAUCUGUCAGAGAAAUUUGGCCAGAAGAUCAUUGUAAUGAAGAAGGUAUCUAGAACUUCAUUUUCUGAUGAGACUUUAGAGGUGUUUGCUGUGAAGGAUCUCUCACAUGAAGCUUCCAAACAACUGUACAAAGAAACGCAUCGGACGAUGUUUGGAACUGUUUGCUCGUUGAGCGGAAUCGUAGACGAAACUGAUGAUUUGAGUUUUCUAUUGGAAGUGUUGAAGCUUAGCGAUCACACAAGUGAAGUAAAAGAUCACAAUUUAAACGUGUACAAUUACGGAAAGAUCAAACACUGGUAUAUUCAUCGCCAUAUUGUAGCAUACAAAUCGGACAGAAUGGAAGAAGAAAAUUCCUUUCAUAGAUUUUAUCCAAGCAAAAAGGAGGUAGAGUGUGCUCUAGUCUCGCAUAAUGAAGAGCCCAAUCCACCUGGUAUCGAUGUAGGCACCAAUGAAAAGGUGCAUAUCUUCCUGAACGAUGCUGGGCAUGGUAAAACGUCCUACUUCACCUGGUUAGCUUGGCGUUUGUCCGGUUAUGAUCGAUCUUUGUAUGUUAUCAAGUUUGUCGCAAACGAAUAUUCGACCGAUUUCGAACGUUUGGAAGGAAGCGACAUACAAAACUUUGACGAUACAGCAAUCGUGCGGCUACUGUAUCGCUACACUCACUUAGCAUUGUUUGUACCGAAUGUAAACAAGCGUACAAUCAAAGAAACCGAUAUUAAUCGAGAGGAAGCUGAUCGUUGCGCUAAGCUGCUGACAGUUUCAAACGGUCAGAUAGUGUUGGAUAAGGCCCUCGAAAAGCAGCUGUCAACGAUAGAACUGUUCGAGUUGCGGUUGUUUCGAGAAAAGUUUAAUGAACAGAGGCUCGUCUUAAUUCUAGACGGAUUCGAUGAGAUUGCGCCGUAUUACAAGGAUGUAGUUAUGGACUGUUUUGCACGGUUUGUCCGUCUCGGUGGAGUACGAUCCCUAUACCUGCCUAGCCGACCGUAUGGUUUUGAAGAAGAUUUAAGAGCAACCUUCACUAAAUGUCUGAUGUAUCAGCUGGAACCAUUUUCGAGGCAAAAUAUUAUACUUUUUUUGUACAAAUUUCUUGUCAACGAUUUAGACGAUUACAAAUCCUGGGAGAGGGCACACCGCAUUGAUAUAUUACGUGCACUUUUUUAUAGUAUUAUUGAGGAUAUGACCAACGCACUAAAUGUUCCACUGCUUCUGCACAUGGUUCAAGUGAUUCUUCUACCGGAGAUCAAGAAGCGUGUGUCCAAAUACACACAUACGCUAUCACCGAAUAUGUUUAAGAACUUAAAAUUGGGCACUUUUCAGCUUGUUCAACUUUUCAUUACCAGGAAGAUAGAAAUUUUAAUCACAGAUAAAACGGGUACAACCGAUUCCGCUGUGAAGACGGCUGCAGCCAAGAAAAACCAAGAGCGUUUGAACAAGUUCAUAAGGGAGCAGCAUAUGCUACUGGCCGUAUGCGUUAUAUUCGACCGAAAAGAUCGAGAAAAACUGCUGUCCAGUGUGGAGCACGAGCGUGUCCGGGAGGCAAUGGAGGAAGUGCUCAAAGGCGAUGAAAAAACUGGAUUUGUUCUUGGGGUACAGAACGAGCGGCCUCAAUUUCUGCAUCGAAUAUUUGCCGAAUUUUUCACAGCUUGUUGGUUGGCCAGCAACAGGGCACGCUUCCGGAGGGAGAACAUAUUUCAAUCCCAAUCGUUCUGGUCACGAUCCUUAAGACAAACUCGCAAAUUUUUCGACUGUAUUAUAAGCAAGGAAAGCGAAGGAUGCGAUUUUCACUGGGCGCUGGUGAAUGAUUCCCUUGCACAGGUUGGAGAAAUGAUGCGCGAAAAAGCGUUUCUUGUCGCAGUGAAAGAUAAAGUUGGUCGCUUACCGUUGCAUUUGGUGGAAUAUUUUCAAACAAUCAAAAUACUAGAAAAGAUGCCCGUUGAGUUGGUAAACGAAACCGACGAGCUGUUUGGAUGGAAUGCUUUAGAUUAUGCAUUUGUUCUAAAUGAGAGAAGUGCAAUACGUUGCCUCUUGAAGAAGGGUGUUAAACUUAAUGCAGACACAGCUGUGUUUCUUCAGCUAUGUGCCAAUGAUUCUGAUGAAUUAUUAAAGCAAGGAAUCAGUUAUGUUUCGUACCUGGAAAAAUAUGGAAAUCAAACAGAUUCGGCGAAUGAGCUCAGCGAACGUGUGGCACGUUGUAUAAUCAAUGAAAGAAUGGAAAAUAUUUAUUAUUCGCGGAUAAAACUGAAUUCUUUAUCGAUGCUGGAAUAUUGUGUGCAAGAAAAUAAUGUUUUAAUGUUAAAUCACAUAAUCAGACAAACAGCAUUAGUUGGUUGUGCUAAGUGUGCGGUUGAAAAAAAUCAAGUUAAAUUGUUUAGAAAAAUCUUCCACGAGUUGUGUAUCAGACUCAAAAUUUUGUGUGUUAAAGAAGAAGAUAUUACUGAUGAAUGUGAUGUUCAAUGGGAGGGAGAAACAGUAGAAUUUCAGAUUUUAAUUGAAUAUUGCUGCUGUUCAAAAGGGUUUGAAUACCAGGAGCAAUUCAAUUUAUUUCAGAAAUUCGAUGAAUUUGACCUAGAAUGCUUCUUGGCAAAUGUGAUACACGUUGGAAGCGCUUGUCUGACUAGUUACAUACUGCAAAAGACGAAAAUGAACGUCACUAAAGCUUUAGUAAGGAAGCUUAUGAAAUUAAUACCAUUCUUCCAACGUUCAAAUCAUAACAAUUCAAUACCAGCAUUCAAAUGUCUUCUCAACAAUAUGCUCGAUCUGCAUCACGUCGAUCAAGAUGGACAAACAUUGUUGGACACAAUCAUACAAGAUGGAUGCUUGUACAUGAUACCCUGCUUGAUCGACAAAGGAUUUAACCCAAAGCAGAUCAAUGUGAAGCAUUUUAUAGGGCUUUUAACCGAUUUCGGACAAUAUUAUGCAAUCAAUCUGUUUGUGUACCUUCAACAAAAAUCGUAUGUUAAUUUUUUUGAAACUUUAGAAACAACACAAAAUAGUAUUUUCGAUAUAAUAAUUUUUAAACGACAUUUUUUAAUAUCACAAGCGUUAAUUCAUGUAGCUAUGUAG